GAGUUAGCUUGCGACGAAUCCCCGCAAAUUAUUAUCCGCGAUGGCGUGUCGUGCCGUUUUGCGGUCCUGCGUCCUCCUUUCGGAGCCAUGGCCAUGGCGCCCCUCCCUCCACCGCCGCCCUGCCCUCGCCUCCUCCACCUCCUCCUCCUCUCCGCCUUCCCUCCUGCGACCGUCUAGGGUUAGGGUUUUCCAUGGCGCUUCCCCUCUUCGAUGCUCCCAUGGCGAGGCCCCCUCCCCCGCCUCUUCCUCUUCUUCUUCCUCGCCCCCGGACGAUCAGGGCCCUCCCCAGGAAGCCGUCCUCAAGGCCAUCUCCGAAUUAUCUAAGUCAGAAGGAAGGGUUGCACAAACCACAAAUGUUGUCAUUGGUGGUACAGUGACAGAUGAUGCUACUGAUGAAUGGCUUGUUCUAGAUCAAAAGGUCAACUCAUAUCCCAUGACCAGAGGGUUCACUGCAAUAGGAACUGGAGGUGAUGAUUUUGUCCAAGCGAUGGUUGUUGCUGUUGAAUCUGUACUUCAGCAACCAAUUCCAAAGGGUCAUGUGACUCAGAAACUGUCUUCGAGGGGCAAGUAUGUGUCCGUAAACAUUGGGCCUAUUCGUGUUGUCUCUAGUGAGCAGGUCCAAGCUGUAUACAAUGCCAUGAGGAGGGAUGACAGAAUGAAGUAUUUUUUGUAGACUAAAUUCUUAUGUUUAUCAAUAAAACAGUCCACAUGGUUUGGCACUGUUGCAUUGCUGUAGCUCCAUUCUUUAGUUUUGGUGAUCUCUGGCAAUCUGUCAUUUGGGCAAGGAGGUCUCAGGUUUGAUUUGGUAGCUGUACCUCAUGCUCUUUUGAGUUCAUUUCUUAUCUGAAGAAUCGAGGAGGUGAUAUGUAUUGAAAUCCUGUUGAUUCUAGAUAAACUUGUAGACUAAUAUUUAUUCCCCUUCUGGAAAAAUAUCAAGAGACUGUGAUCAAUUAGUUGUAAAAAUUGUUUUUAAGUUACCUAUUGCAUGAGGCUCCCACCACUAUGUGGUUUGGGAAUGUUAUGCAACAUUAGUAUUGCUGAUACUCUGAGACUUGUAUUUUUCUGCAUUGUAAUGUUGAUCAAAAGAAUUGAGCAUCUAAUGGGUGUAUUGAUCAA